AUGAAGCACAACUUAGUGUCAACCUUUCUCUUUUUGUUUCUCCACUGCAUUGGCAUUUUGGCUCAAGGUCCAUCUCCAUCUCCAACUCCACCACCAGCUCGAGCUACGGCUCCUGCUCCGGGACCACCUGGCCCAACUAACGUAACGAAAACCCUAGAAAAGGCAGGACAAUGUUCGACAUUUAUUCGUUUGUUACAAACAACUCAAGAGAUCAGCCAAAUAACAUCAUUACUCAACAACUCCAACAGCAUCACUAUCUUUGUACCACCAGAUAAUGCAUUUUUGAGCAUGAAAGCAGGUACUUUGAACUCUUUUAAUGAUCAACAGAAAUCAGAACUGAUCAAAUUCCAUGUUCUCCCUCAAUACUUCUCACUUUCACAGUUUCAAACUGCUAGCAACCCAGUGCAAACACAAGCCGGUGGGACUAGCAACCACGAAUUCCCUAUCAAUAUAACAACAAAUGGAACUUCAGUGAAUAUAACAACUGGAAUUGUCAAUGCAAGUAUCUCGAAUACGAUUUACAUUGAUAGUCAACUAGCUAUUUAUCAAGUGGACAAAGUACUUCUACCAUUGCAAUUCUUUGUCCCUCCAGCACCAACACCAGCUCCUUCACCACCUAAGCCUAAAAAGAAUGAUGAUUCGUCGGAUUCUGACUCUGUUUCCUCUGUUUCUUCUGGUGUAAUCAACUCCCCUCGCGAACUUCUCUUCUUCUUGGCUGUGUUUUGUUUUGUAUAUGUGAGCUAAUAUGUUGAAGUUUUGCUAUUGUUAUGCA